AUUCGCAUAGCAGAAGCGACAACGAAGUUAAUUGCUCCGAGUCGACGUCGUACCCGAUUUCUAGUAGUUAUUUCCUUUUAAAAAAAAUGUCAGGUGCGUCUUUUGCUAAUGUAUGUGUAAAGCCCGUCGGAAUAGAAUAAGAUUAAAGGUAGACGAGCUGCCUGUCAGUGAGGAAAUACGUGCGAAUUGUAUAGGUAAUUCAUUUGGCAUUACAGGAAGUCGUACCACAACCCUAGAGAUCGUCGAGACAAGUCCCUGAAUGCAAGUUAUCCUUAAAAGUUAUUUAAGGGGACGUCUGUUGGAUUUAUUCUUUAAUUAGACGUCGAAUUGACCAUCUAAAGAAGAGGAAUAAAAUCCAGAGGACGCCGUUGACCCAGAGGACGGAACGUUCAGGCUAGGCUGUGGCUCUUCGAGGCCUAAGCUUGUAGGCACUGACGUACGUGAGAUCAUGGACGGAUUUGUCAAUUCUCAGACUUGGGAGGCAUGGUUUGAGUCAUAUGAAGUCCUAUGGGAUAACACUUCUUAUAUUUUUGUGAUAUCCGUUCUGCUGUCUGUUGUAAUAGCUGUUGCUACAUACUUGAUGCCCAUUGGCUCGCAGGAACUUCAUAGUUCGGAGAGAAAGGUGGAAGACGAUGAAGAUAUAAGAGAAGAAAGUGAAGAAAAGGAUCUUGGAAGUAAAAUUUUGGAAGAAAAACGUCAUGUUGACUUGAAGAAUGCCCAGAGGAGGGCUUUGGAGAGGAGCAUGGAAAAUCAGUUGACUGCAGAACAAAGAGAAGCAGAAAGAGAGGCCCAGUCACAGCAGUUAGCAGCAAUAUUCAAGAUGAUGCAAGAACAAGAGGAAAAGUUUGGGAAAACAUCAAUUGAUGACAUAAAGGACCAAAUGAAACUGUAUUGUGGAUAAAUUUCUUAUUAACCAAGACAUCUGUUCUUGCGGCAGAUCUUGCAAGAAUAACAAUACAUAGAUGAUAAUUUUGAUAGCUGAGUAAUUUAUGUAUAAUGGAAGUGCUACAUAAAGUAUGAUUCAGUAUCAAAGCCUAGAAUGCCUUUAGUCAAAGCAUAUAGUUGAGCUGAUAAUUUGGAUUUUAUUAUAUAAGUACUACUAACACUAGGCCGAGAGUAAGAAAAAUUAAUCCAAAGUGGAAAAAUUAUCAGAACUAUAUAUAUAUAUAUAUUUUUACUCCAAUUUCUCUAGUAAUUCUUGUUUGUGACUUAUUUUCAUAGAAUUUGUAGGAGCCAGUUAAUGUAUUUUGGUGCUGCAUUUUCAGGUUCAUAUUUUUGUAUGGAGAGGAUUUUAUUUGAAGUGUGGUUUAAGCUCACUUUCAUGCACCAAGUUACCGAUAAUUUCCAUGAAAAUAACAGAAUAUUUGUUGAUUUUUGUGUGACAGUACUGGUACAGUAUAUCUCAUUCCUAAUCUCUGCAGUAAAUUGAUUACGCUUGAAAGCCAAAUUUCUCAUAUUCCUAUGCUGUAUAAUACUUUAUACUUUACUAAUGUCUUCUUCUUUCAUCUUUAAUAAGAAUGAAAUAAAACUUAUUUUUCUGGCAUGUUAAAAUAUGAAAUAUUUUGAAAAAGUUUGUCCAUUUAUUUUGAGUGAUGUGAGUCUUCAUUAUUGUUGUAUUUCCAUAUUCUUAUGUAAAAAAAAGGCUGUUUUUUAUUAUUUGCUCUGUACAGAUGAAGUAGUAAGAAAAAUGUAGAUUGUUAAAAUCCUAAUGGAUGCUUUUGAAGGAAGAAAUAAUACAAAUGCCAUUUUUGCCUGUCUUGGUAGGUCAGACUUUCAACCCACCUUGUUAUUAAUUAGCACGAUGCUGACGUGUUAAGAAAUGUGAUAAACUUGAAAGUGGUCCUUUACAACAUGGACUCUGUGAGCAGGUACCUUUACCUAUCAUAAAAAUGGAAACUUGAGUCAGCUGCCCAUUUCUUAUCAUUGUGUGUACAGAAUUGAUAUAAUCUCCCCAAAAUAUAUUUUAUAACAAACUUGGGAUAAUGAUAACAAUAUUAACAGGGGACGGUGGCACAUACUUGGGAUUGAAUUCAGCAGGGGCUUCAAGAGUUUUGAGGUAGUUUUUCUUGUUUUUUCAGUCU